AUGACAUUGAAGGCUGUCAUCUUUGAUAUCGGCGGAGUGGUGGUCGGGAGCCCACUGUUCGCUAUCAACAGGUAUGAGAAGGAUCACGGCCUGCCUUUCGAAUACCUCAACGUGGCCAUCACCGCUCAAGGUCAUGGCGGUGCUUUCCAGCAAUUCGAACGGAGCGAGCUAGACUUGUAUACAUUCUACCGUCGGUUCGGAGAGGAGUUGAGCAAUGUCGAGAAGAACAACGAAGCAUACAUCAAGUUUUGCAAGAGCCGAGGCCAGGAGGUUCCGGAGCUGCCCUCGAAGCUUCAGGUUGAUGGACGCGAGUUGUUUGGACGAAUGAUGAAAGAGUCGACCAAAGUCGAUCCAAAGAUGCGCAAUGCCAUCAUGCGCUUAAAAGCGUCUGGCAAAUUCAAGAUCGCCGCAUUGACUAACAACUUUGCACCUCCAACCGAGAUUCCAAACACUCUUCAAGACGGCGCAAGCAAAGCGCCUUCGCUCGAAGAAGAGCUGGAACGCCUUGGAUUUGGAGCAUCUCAGAGCGAUCUGAAGAGCUUAUUUGACUUUUACAUCGAGAGCGCUGUCGUGGGGAAGAGGAAACCGGAUCCAGAGUUUUACAAGUACGCGUUGGAUCUUCUCAAGGUGCAAGCGACCGAAGUGGUGUUCCUGGACGAUAUCGGACCGAAUCUCAAGUCUGCGCAGAAGCUUGGCAUCACCACGAUCCGUAAGUAUCCGUCCCGCUUGCAAGUCCUGCGUGCUUCCAGCAGCGCGUAG